AUGCAGCAGUGCUUGCAUUCAGUAUGCGUGCACGUUUCUUUUUAGUGACAUAGACAGAGGCAGAGACAGAAAGACAGAGAGAUUUGCUGUAGUAGAAAGUGAGAAAAGGAGGGGAGGGAGGUAGCUAGAGACGCCAGGGAGAGAAGGAGGGAGGGGUAAGACAGAUAGAGAGAGCGGGCGAGCAAAGGGGACAGAAGGGAGGGAAAAGAGAGAGAGAGAGAAGAGGGGGAGAGAGAGAGCGAGAGAGAGAGAGAGAGAAGAGGGGGAGCACAUGUGUAUGCUUGUCACUAAGGGGCUGGGAGAAGGACUAAGGGAAGCGAGGUAGCUGGCCACAGCCGCCAUAUGCUGACUGGAUUCCUGUUCAUGUCUGCUGUGUGAAGACUGUAGGUUUCUGUUGUGUGCUGGCCAGCUGGGGAACACACCAUGGGAAGCUCACAUCUCCUCAACAAAGGCAUGCCUCUAGGCAUCAGGCCACCCAUUAUGAAUGGGCCCAUGCAUCCGCGCCCGCUGGUGGCGCUGCUGGACGGGCGAGACUGCACUGUGGAGAUGCCCAUCUUGAAAGACGUAGCAACCGUGGCCUUUUGUGACGCUCAGUCUACACAGGAGAUCCACGAGAAGGUGCUGAAUGAAGCUGUAGGAGCUCUGAUGUACCACACCAUUACUCUGAUGAGAGAAGACCUAGAAAAGUUUAAAGCUCUGCGCAUCAUUGUCCGCAUCGGUAGUGGCUAUGACAACAUUGACAUCAAAUCUGCCGGGGAACUGGGCAUAGCUGUGUGCAAUAUGCCAGCAGCCUCGGUGGAGGAGACGGCGGACUCCACACUGUGCCACAUCCUCACCUUGUACCGACGCAUCACCUGGCUGCACCAGGCUCUCCGGGAGGGCACGCGGGUUCAAAGCGUGGAGCAGAUCCGAGAGGUGGCGUCAGGAGCCGCGAGGAUCAGAGGAGAGACACUGGGACUUAUAGGGCUUGGUCGAGUAGGCCAGGCUGUAGCCCUGCGAGCCAAGGCCUUCGGCUUCAAUGUGAUCUUCUAUGACCCUUAUUUGGCUGACGGUGUAGAAAGAUCCCUGGGACUACAACGGGUCACCACACUACAGGACCUGCUCUUCCACUCUGACUGUGUCUCUCUGCACUGCAGCCUCAACGAACACAACCACCACCUGAUUAACGACUUCACCAUCAAACAGAUGCGCCAGGGGGCGUUCCUGGUGAACACGGCCAGGGGGGGUCUGGUGGAUGAGAAGGCCUUGGCUCAGGCCCUGAAGGAGGGGAGGAUACGUGGAGCUGCUCUGGAUGUUCAUGAGACAGAGCCUUUUAGUUUCAGUCAGGGUCCGCUGAAGGAUGCUCCCAAUCUGAUCUGCACCCCACAUGCUGCCUGGUACAGCGAACAGGCAUCGCUGGAGAUGAGAGAGGAGGCAGCCAGGGAGAUCCGAAGGGCUAUCACAGGUCGUGUCCCAGACAGUCUAAAGAACUGUGUGAAUAAGGAGUUCCUCUCCCAGAACAACCACUGGGCAGGAGUUGACCCAGCUACCGUCCACCCCGAGCUCAACGGGGCUUAUAGGUAUCCCCCAGGAGCGGUGAGCUUGUCAGCUGGUGGCCUCCCGCCACCCGUUGAAGGCAUUGUGCCCAGCGCCGUGCCCAUCACACACACCCUUCCGCCCGCUGUCACACACCCUCCUCAUGUCCCGUCCCCCGGACAAAAUACAGUCAAGCCACCAGAGGGCGACAGAGAGCAGCAUCCAAAUGACCAACUGUAGCCACAGACACACACACACACACACACACACACACACACACACACACACACACACACACAGCAACCGGGAUCCAAGUGAUAAGUUCCCCAGUGACAAGUUGUUAUCAGACAGGUUCACAGAGUGUCCGACGGACAGGUUGAGGUCCCAAUAACAAUCAAUUUACAACCCCUGGCAAAUUGGUUCCCAGCAGCCAGUUCACCCUCCAAAGAAGAAGAACUUAAUGAUGAUGAUAAAUAAGAUGAUGAAGAGGAGUGGAUAGCUGUCAGAUGCUCUAAUCAAAGAGCAAGACAGUUGUCCUCUGCUCCAACCAGAAUUCCUGAUAAAGACUGUAAAGAUCCACAGGUUGAUCUUCACAUAACAACUACAGUAUGGUCAAGUUUCUGCCAGAAGUAAUAAAAAAAUAAAAAAAAUAAAAAAAAGAG